AUGGCGCAGCUUGAAUGCAGCGCUGGCGCAGAUUACUCGGUGUUGGACUUCCUCAUCAAUGUUAGUCCCUUCGGAGAGGUGGCUGCCGAGAUCAGGGAAGUGCUGCACAUUCUCCAAAGCCACCCCAUCUAUGUGGAUUGCGGGACGAUGUUCAACCAGCCCGAGGAAAGUACAGUUGAUCAAAAUAAUCCAAAACUACUUAAACCAGUUUCAAAGAGACAGAAGAAGACUUUUCAUAAGAAGAAUAUUUCAGACACCAGCUUUAGCUGUUAUGCAGGUUUUCAGGGAUUAGUUUCGGUCAGUCAUGUGAUAAAUCCAUGCCAUUUCUACGUCCAGAAAUCUUCAGAAAAAAAGAAGGCCGUUGCCUUGGCUGCAGAAGCUGACAACCUCUCCCGUAGUGUGGAGUUGCAAAAAUCACCUGCAGCUGUGCUGGAGUUUGGUGAGAGGGUUAUUGUUCAAAGCAAUAUUUUUCGUGCGUGGUGCCGAGGAAUUAUAACAGAACUGGUGCCAUCAGGAAAAAAUGAGAAAUGUAAUAAUCCAACAACGUAUCGAAUAAUUGAUCUUGCAGCAAUCCAAGUGUUCAUGUUGGACUUCGGACAUUCCGAAAUCUUUGUACUUCCAGGGUAUUGUAAAUUAAUACCUUUGAAGAAGUUGGAGGAUGGUGUGGAUACAUACACAUGUGUCAGUGACUUGAACCAGUGUUUACGAAAAUUGACCCCUCAAAUGAAAGCAUUAAAUCAUAUUCCUCCAUUAGCGAUCAAAUGCUCAUUGAAAGAUAUUGUUCCAGCAAAUCUGAGUAACACUUGGAGUGUGGAAGCCAGGACUGAGUUUACGCGAAUUGUGGAUAACAAAGCUGUACAAAUGAUAGUUUUGGGAGAAGAUGGAGAUAAACUUCUUGUGGAUUUGAAAAAACCUCCUAUGGAUAAGAUGGAGAGUGAUGUUCCUGUGUCACUACGGGAUGCACUUGUGUUCUUGGAAUUGGCCAGGUUUGUUAGUGAAUAUUCUGUUCCUAUACCAAAUCUGGAAAGCAACAUGUUACCCAUGCAGUAUUAUCCACCUGUUAAGCCGCCUUUCUUAAAAGAGAUUCAAAUGAUGGUUAUUCAUAUCAACAACCCAUUGGAUUUCUACAUUCAAUUGAUGGAUACAGUGGAUCUUCUCAUUCUUACAAGAAACAUGUUUGAAUUUUAUACCGGAAAAGAUGUCAAUUUGGAGAUCUUGUGCCCGGUUGUAGGACAAGCUUGUGCAGCACUAUUUGAUGAUGGAGGGUGGUACAGAUGUCAAAUUAAUGGUUUACCUGGACAUAGAGAAGUUGAUGUCAAAUACGUAGAUUAUGGCAACACUGCAAGAAUACCAGUAACAAAUAUACGGAAAUUAAAAGAAGACUUUCUAACUUUACCUAUACAGGCUUUAAGGUGCAGAUUAUCUGAUGUGGAACCCAUCAAUAGCACAGAAGGAUGGAAUGACUCAGCAAAGGAAAGGUUUCAACAGCUCACGUUGAACAAAUGCAUGUGGUGUUACAUAACUUGUGAAUCUCUGGGAAACACAUUAUCAGUUCAGUUAUAUGAAUCAACAGCUGAAGUUGAUGGGACCAAAACUUGUAUAAACAGCAUGUUAGCUGAAGAAAACUUGGCAUGCUUUACAAAGGACAUUUCCACAGAUAAACAUGUAGAGCACAGUAACAAAGUUCUGAACACCUCCGCCAAGCAAAUAAAUAAAGCUGAGGUAAUAAAUGUUCGUGACAACAUUGCAUGUUGCCAGCAGCUUGAAGGAGUGGAUUUUCCUGGGACAGGAUCAAGUAGAAAUGCUUUUGAUUUUGGUCAGCAAGUGGAUGUGAAAGUGACGUUUGUGGUGUCACCAAGCAGUAUAUUUGUACAGCUGUUAAUGUCACAGCAUCGGCUGAAAGAUUUGCAGGAGGAAAUGAAAGUUGUGUAUUCAUCAUUGGAACGAGAAGUUGUUGAAUGGAAGGAAAGUAUGGACUGUGCCUUACUGGUUUUUGAGUACAGAGAGUGGCGAAGAGGGAAAGUCACCAGAAUGAUCUCUGAUAAGUUUGUGGAGGUGUUCUGCUAUGACUUUGGAAAUAAAGAAACAGUGAGCAUCUGUAUGAUAAGACAACUAAAAGAAGAAUUCCGAUUUGGACCUCUGGCACUUGAGUGUUCUUUAUCUUGCAUCAGACCAGCUGGAGGGAGCUUAAAUUGGACAGCAACAUCAUGUGACUUUCUGGAAGAAAUUUUGGUUGGAAGUUCAGUGCUUAUCAACAUUGAGGAAACAGCUUCUAAAUCGCCUCUGCCAGUAAAACUCUAUGCCAAGGAUGAAAUUGGACAGUUUAUCAACAUAGCACAGUAUUUGGUCAAGAAAGGUCUGGCUUUGCCUCAGAAAAUACCUGACCGAUUAGUUUUGUUCACUUUAUUAAGUUCGAAUGCACCAAAUGGUACAGCAGUACAGACUGACCUGAAGCAAAAUGACAGGCAACAGUUCUCGGGCCAAGCAACUGAAAUUGUUGAAUAUUUGAUUCCCAAUCAUGAAAAUCAACAGCCAUCCAAAAAGAUGUACAAAUCACCUGUCCUGCCAAAUGUGAAUAUCUUCGAGGUUGAAAUAACUGGUGUUGGUGAUGAUGGAAUCAUCUAUGGAAUGGCAGUAUCAUUGAAAGAGCAAUUCACCAUGUUGACCUGUGCUAUCCAGACCAGUUUUAAAGUUCUACCAUUUCUGAAACCGUAUUGCUAUAGCAAAAGAGAAGGCUGCAUUGUUAAAGGUUCUGAUACACUCUGGUACAGAGGAAAGAUUUUGGAAGUAAUGGGGGGAUCUGUUAAGGUGCAAUAUGUUGACCGAGGAUUCACUGAAACAAUCCCUCAAUGCCAUGUUUAUCCAGUGCUAAUGUAUCCUGACAUUCCUGAGCUUUGCCUACCAUUUCAGCUUUUUGGAGUGGCACCUGUAGGGAGCAAGUGGCAGGAAGAUGCGAUUGACACUCUGAGAGAAUUACUUUUCGAAAGAAAUUUGGAGGUGGAGAUCAUGGUCCAAUCAGAAAAUUGCAUACAGACACCCUUAGUUGAUCUUCGCUUUGAUGGAAUGUCUGUUUCUUGCUUUAUGAUUCUCCAUAAUCAUGCUGUUCAAAAUGAAAAGGCUUCAGUAAUUUUUAAGAAAUGUUAUCCUGAUAUAAAUAAUGGAAAUGCGCCUGAAGAAAGUUGGGAUUUGACACAUGAGGGUUUACUAUCUUCACACUUUCAAACCUUUAUGGUGCCAGAGUAUGACUAUCCAUUAUUGCCUUUACCUGGAAAGGUUUUCCCUGUAACUGUAAAGCAUCUAGAAACUCCCAAUCAGGUGUACAUUUCAGUUGGUCCAAGGAGAGAUGUUGAAUCUGACAGUGACACAGAUGAUAGUGGGAUAAGCUAUGAACCUGAGGAUGAUCUCGAGCAAGCUCUGAGAGAACUUAAUCAGAAUGCAGAGGCACUUGCUUUACUCUCAGAUUUCAGAUCAGAAAUGCCUUGCCUUGCUGAAUACAGUGAUGGGCGAUGGUACAGAGCAAAAGUACUGUCACUUGAUAAAGUCCAACCAUUAAUGAUCCUUGUGCAGCAUGUUGACUUUGGCUCUACUGCAUCUCUACCAGAUUUUAGGCUUCGUCAGAUUCCUGCACACUUGAUACAGUAUCCAGUUCGAGCCAUCAAAGUUAAGUUGGCAGGGUUUAAGCCACCAGCUUUAAUGAAUGACAUGGACCGACUUGUUUACAGUCCAGAAUGGUCCAUGGAAGCUCUAUGGACAAUGGUUGACAUUGUACAAGGGAAUCAACUUACAGCAUUCUUGGUGAGCUUAUGUCCAGAAGUUUCUGUAUUCUUGUAUGAAGAAGGAUCGCUAAUUCACCUUCCACUUGUAGAAAAGGGUCUUGCAGAUUUGGAUAUGUAA